AUGGAGAAAAUUGGCUCGCAGACCAACGUUAGAGCCUCUAGACGGGCACCACGAAAAAUUGCCCAUUUCCUACUGGCAUUUGUGCUGCUCAGCUGUCUCAUUACUUCUUCCGAUACCUUUAAAGAUUGUUGGAACAGACGGUGGUGGCAGAAACCUACCAAGAAAAAUGUCAUUUUCUUUGUUACCGAUGGAAUGGGCCCAGCAUCUUUGUCGAUGACUAGGUCCUUCAGACAGUUCACUCAAAAUUUAACCAGAGACGACAUUUUGGUCUUGGAUCAUCAUUUGAUAGGUUCCUCGAGGACAAUGUCUUCGGACUCCCUUAUCACAGAUUCGGCUGCUGGAGCUACUGCCUUUUCAUGUGCCUUGAAAAGUUACAACGGUGCCAUUGGCGUUGACCCAUCCAAACAACCCUGUGGUACGAUUUUGGAAGCUGCAAAACUCGAAGGAUAUCACACCGGACUGGUGGUAACUACUAGAAUCACUGAUGCAACACCUGCCGCGUUCAGCUCUCACGUGGAUUACAGAUUUCAAGAGGACCUCAUUGCACAACAUCAACUAGGAGACUACCCACUGGGUCGUAUGGUUGAUCUUAUAAUUGGCGGUGGAAGAACACAUUUCUAUUCUGCAGAAGAUGUUGUCUAUGGGUCGCGUGGAAGUCGUAGCGAUGGACGCAGUCUCAUCAAAGAGGCAAUUGAAGAUGGCUGGAGCUACGCCGGCAAUCGCAAAGAAUUCGAUGCAUUAGACAAAGGCCAUAACGUUAGUUUACCCUUACUUGCCCUCCUGGCUGAUUAUGAUAUUCCUUUCGAUUUGGACCGGGAUGACGCUGACUUUCCAUCACUAGAAGAACAAGCUAUGACAGCAAUUAACGCACUAACUGAGGCGACCAGAGAUUCGGAUAAAGGUUUUUUUCUCCUUAUUGAAGGAUCUAGGAUCGACCAUGCGGGUCAUCAAAAUGAUCCUGCCGCACAAGUUAGAGAAGUUUUGGCAUUCGAUAAAGCUUUUGAAGCGGUUUUAAACCAUGCUGCUGAAAGUAAUGUGGAAACUAUUUUGAUUUCGACCUCUGACCAUGAAACUGGUGGAUUAGUCACCGCCAAGCAACUAUCUAAAGCUUAUCCCGAAUAUGCAUGGUAUCCACAAGCUCUGAGCGAUUCUCAGCAUUCCGGCGAGUAUUUGAGCAAAGAGCUUUUGCGGUACGAUGGAAGCAACAAGUCUGAUUUCAUAGAAAAGACUAUCUUUGAAAAGUACAUGGGUAUCUUCGAUUACACUAAAAACGAUACACAUGACUUGUUAAAGCUCACUUCACUUGCGGAGCUGAACGACAAAUUGAAUGGAAUGAUAUCGACACGAGCACAAAUUGGAUGGACAACCCACGGUCAUAGUGCGGUGGAUGUCAACAUUUAUGGUUACGCAAAUCGCCAAAAAACUUGGCUAAAUUUACUGGACAAGUUGCGGGGAAAUCGCGAAAAUACUGAUGUUGGUCAGUUCAUGGCAGACUUUUUGAACUUAGACCUGCAAGAAGUAACUGACCGGAUUAAGAAAACAAAGCACUCUCCUAAUAUUGACGCUGUUGAAUCGCUUGAUACCCAAACUGAUGAAUAUCAUAGAGGAAUAUAUGGCUCGCAGGAUGCCUAA